AUGGGCUUAAUAGAGAAUGUAUUUUCGCUGGUGACAGUGAAAAAUGUCUUCGUUUCUCUAGUUUCAUAUGUCAUUGUGAAGAUUAUCUAUCAGAUUAUCUACUACCGCUUUUUCCACCCAUUAUCAGCAUUUCCCGGUCCCUUCUGGGCAUCCGUAACGCGGUUAUGGAUUGCGCGAGAGAAUUUAAAAGAAAGAGAAUACUUGACUGUUUAUAAUCUGUCUAAGAAAUAUGGACCGGUUGUUCGUAUUACCCCGACGUUACUACUGGUCAGCGACCACUCUAAGCUCCCAGAUAUAUAUCACCGCAAUGCCGACAAGACUGGCCACUAUAUUACCGGUAGUUUUGGCGAAACUGAGAGCCUAUUUAACAUGCGAUCUCAUAGGACUCAUGCUUUGUUCAGAAAGCGUGUUGCAGGACCAUAUAGCUUCACCAACAUCAAAAGAAUGGAGCCAUUGAUUGAUGAGCGCAUUCGAGAGUGGAGCAAAAAGCUCGAUGAGACCUUUGUCAAGUCCAGAGAAGCGUUUGACUUUUCCUGGUGGGCAGUCUACAUGACAUACGACAUUAUCAGUGAAAUCGGGUUCGGUGCUCCAUUCGGCUUCAUAGAGAAGGGUGAGGAUAUCGGCGGUCUGAUCCAGGGAUUUCAUGAUGGUCUACCUGCCUUUGGGCUACUCGCGCGCCUCCACCCGUUCACCUCUUGGCUUAAGACUACACUCUUUAAGAAAUACCUCGUGGCAACUCCGCAAGACAACUCGGGUAUUGGGGUUCUGAUGCGCUUCCGCGAUGCUUUAAUCGAUGAGCGCAUCGAUGAAAUUAAGGACGGCAAGAGUGUCGACCGGGUAGACCUACUACAAGGGCUUCUCGAAGCCCGUACGGAUGAUAAUAGGCCACUUGACCUUGAAUACAUACGCGCCGAGGUUCUCCUAGUGCUUCUUGCGGGUGCCGAUACCACUGGCACGGCAUUUCAGGCGAUGAUCCAGUUCUUGCUCUCUAGCCCUAAGGCCUACGAGCGUAUGAUAGAGGAGAUUGACGCUUCAUCGAGCAAGGGUCUACUCUCCGACAUCCCACAAUAUGACGAAGUCAUACAGCACCUACCGUUCUUUGUUGGCUGUGUCAAGGAGACAAUGCGACUUUGUCCAUCUGCACCGAAUAUCUUCCCUCGAUACGUCACUGAGCCAGGUAUUGAGCUCUAUGGAAAGUUUGUCCCAGCCGGAACUGAGAUCUCGUGUAAUCCGUACUUGGUACACCGUGAUCUGGCUUUGUAUGGCGAGGAUGCAGAAGAGUUUAAGCCUGAGCGAUGGUUGGAUUUGGAGAAAGCAAAACAGUAUAACAAGUAUAAUUUUGCCUUCGGGUAUGGAUCCCGCGUGUGUCUAGGUCGUGAUAUUGCCAUGAUGGAGUUAUUCAAGGCCCCCUUGCAGUUCUUCCGCUCUUAUAAGCUGGAGACUGUUAAGGGCAAGCCCGAGGCCCAGUUUGUGGUCAAGGGCGGGGUUGGUUACUGGCGUGAUGUAUGGCUGACUAUCUCCAAGCGGCCGAAGGUAAAGGAGGAAAAUGAUAUCAAGAUAUCUGAUCAUCUUUUGUUCAGUGCACAGGAGCUUGCAUCUGAUCGAUAA